GCAAGCUUUCCUCUGAUUACACGCGGCGUUGCGUGAACUACGUGAACAGUUUUAACUUCCGCACUCUUAACAUGAACAGGACAACAGAGCACAGCUAAGGUGUUUACACGAUAAAUAUCACACGAUUUGGACAAAAUGUCAGACUCGGAUUCUGACUGUGACUGGGAGGACAUUAGAGACCGGAAGUAUUUGACCAAAAAUGACACAAUCGUCGCCUUCCGUCCAUCAGAUGAGUCAUUUGAACGAUGGGUUCUUAUCUCCGCUGAGACCAGAAGAGACGCCGGGCAGCGGAUGAGAAUUUGUGCUUUCUGGCUUCCGAUUCUGCUGCAACGUGAAGAGUCGGGCCCGACUGUUUGCUGGGCUUUACAAUUAGGUCUGACCUCGAAUGGCAGUGACGAAAUAAGUCUGAAGAACCUGAACAGGAUAGAAAUAGUGGAGGCAAUCCUCAGAGCCCUGGAGAGAGGAACCGUGAAAAGAGACCAGACUAAGCAGGUUGUGUUGAUAAGCAACAUGUUCAACUUGCGUUCCUCGGGGGUUUUGGAUGACGCGUUACAGUGGUUGGAGCGAACUGGAGAACCCAAUAUUCGCCAUCGCGUCAUGGAUCUCGGCCACACACACAUGUGCCACACGGCCCUGCACCUCAUCUUCACAGAGUUUGCUAAGUAUAUUCAGGAAAUGGGUUCCCACUUUGAAAGGACGAUGAAGUCACUGACGGCUCGACCGGCCGAGUAUCUAAUAGAGAAAAGUGAAGACAUGAAGAAGAAAGGAAAUGAAAACUUUCAGAAAAAGCAGUAUGAAGACGCUGUUAAGUUUUAUUCCAAAGCCAUCACAUUUUACCCUGACAACCACAUAGUUUAUGGAAACAGAGCAUUAUGCUAUAUCCGAUCUAAGAAAUAUCUAAAAGCGGUUGGUGAUGGAAAAUGUGCUACUCUGAUAAAACCAUUCUGGGCAAAGGGUCACUACCGCUACUGUGAGGCGUUGUUCUUCUUGGGAGAGAUCAAAAAGGCGAUUGACGCCAACUUAAUGGCCCAGCAUCUGUGUAGAGACGACCACGAGGGAUUUAAAGACUUGGAACAACAACACCUGAAGUUUGCCGAAAUGCUGAUGCCGGACCCCAAAGCUGUCCAGCCUAAGAAAACCCCGACUAAAAGACCAGAGAGCACCAACAGAGCGAAAAAGAGUGAUGCUACUCCACAGAUUAAGGUCACAGAAGUUAAACUAGAAAAGACACCAGUGAAAAAUGAGAGGACUGCACAGUCAGAUGCCGGUGCUAAAAACUCCAAACCAUCUAAAAGUGAGCUUUCUUCAAAGAAUGGGAGAGGAACGCCCAGCACACCAAAGAAGAAACCAAAGAACGUAAACCAGUCAGAAGAGGAGAACCAGAAAGACGACGAUGAAUACAACAAGUGUAGCGAGUUGAGAUCGAUGGUGCAGGACGCGCACACGGCUCUGGCCGACCUACGCAGCCGCAAUGCGGAGCAGGCCUUCAGGAAGGCGCUGGUCCUAGUGGAAGCCAGCACACCCAAGGAUCUUGGUCUUUCCACAUUGGAUGAGCUGUUGUUGCUGUACGGCCUCGCCUCAGCUCUGACAGAAAUCGGCCAGCUUGAGGAACUCGGAGAAGCACAGAAACUUCUAGAUAAGAUCAAAUCCUUCGAGGAGAGGACGUUUCAGUGUCUGGUUUACUAUGCCGUCGGCAGGGUGUAUCUCAGAGAGAACAGGUUUGCACUCGCCCUGGAGCAGUUUUCAGAUUCCCUGCAGACGGUGAAGAAUCGAAUAACCCCGGGUAAACUCACGUGGCCUUUAACAAAAGAGAUCGUCAAAGAGACACAGUCGGAGUAUUUCAAGGAAAUUCUGGAGCAUGCUAUAGAGCUGUGCAGGUUUCCUCCUAUUCCUGAUGCCAUUUGUCGACUAGAGAAAUGCCUCGUCCCUUUGAAAGCUGAAAUCUACUUAACUGACCCAGAUUUUAAGGGCUUCAUUCGAAUAUGCUGCUGUAAGAGCUGCAUUGUUGAAUACCACACCGCCUGUUGGAAGACUCUCAAGACAUCAUCCUUUGAUAAGAAUGAAAAGGAAUUCCUGCAAGACCCGUGUUUGACUCCAGACUGCGUCGGCCAAAUCUGUAAUAUCAAAAUCUUUAGUCCGACGGGGCUGAUAAAGUGUAAGUUCGAAGCUCUCGUCGCCAAACCACAGACUCUGAAGAAGCCCAAAGUGAAUCAGAAAUGCACAAGUCUAAAGAAGUUAAAAUCAAGAGAAGACCACAAGCUCAAGAGGAAUCAGCAUAAGCAGUCGUUUCUAGAAAAGCAGGCGAUCAACGACGAGAUUCUGCAGAAAGAUGACUCAGCAACCCACAGUCAACAGAAAGCCUGGCUGCAGUACAGGGACAGAGUUCUUCUGCAGAUCAGCGAGAACAUGGAGCUGCUGCGAGAGGAGAAGGGCCUCCACGUGUCGCUCCUGACGGACAGUCUGAAGCCCUGGCUGGAGCUGGACUCCUCGAGGGGGAACCAGGUAGCUGGGAGGAUUCUGAACUGGCAGCAGGAGCCGCUUGAGACUCUGAGCGACGUCGUUGAGCUGCUGCUGGAGCGGAAGAACCGGGUUUGGGCUCGCGUCCUUAUACAACUACUCAGUGGCUGUCUGGAUAUAGAUCCCAAACUUAGCAACUGGGCACUCCAGCUCAACAAUGCAGGUCUGAAUGCUGCAAAAUCCUUCAUUGAGCGCUUCGCGGGACACUUGGAGCAGCUGGAUCUGGCUUUUCUGCUCAACUUUGGUCCGUUGCAGGACGUGAUUAUAGAGAAGCUCGGGACUAGGCCGGAGCUUUUUUCAAGCGCCGGAUUGACGGUGACUGAAUACCUAAAUCAAGCCCCAGCACAUGACAUGAGACUCUUUAUCUGGACUCUAGAGGAGCAUAGGGACGAAUAUCUCACCUGCCACCAUAUACUGGAUGGCUAUUUUGAUAUGAUGGAUGGACAUUGUUCAGUCUUAAAAAAGUCUGAUGAAAAUCAAAAUAAUUCUCCUUUGAAGAGUCGAGGCCGGAAAAAGAAACAGAGAGAGCCCAGAGGUGUUUUUGUUUGGUCUGAGAUGACAGCUCCGACUCCGAGAGAUGAUUGGGAACAAGACUUAUUUGAAGACGACUCUUUAUCAUUCCUUCACCCCGGUGAUCCGUUCAGCGUACCGAGUCACCUCCGAGAGCAAGUGGCCGAUUUUGAGGACCAGUACAACAGCACCAGACACAGAAGUCACUAUAAACAGAUUUUGGACAACAACCCCGACCCAACAAAAGAGAGUUUGUACGACUACUUUGCUCAGAUCUUGGAGGAGCACGGCCCACUGGUUGCUGAGGACCCUCUGCUGGUGGGUGAACUGGGGAAUUUCCCCUCCGUGGCUCAGCUGAAGAUCCAGGAAACGGGCGGCUUUGAGGCCUUCCUCCUGGAAUCCCUUCGCUUCAUAAAGAUGGGGAGGUGCAUCGGCCUGGCGAAGCACGCCGUUUCCCUGCAGCAGGCGGUGCACGGAGCCGGUCUAGACUACUUGGAUGUAAUAGCGGAUCCCGGCUCGGACUCUCUGUGUUUGGACGAGCGUCGUGAAUCUGCUUUCACGAGCUAUCUGGACGGUUAUUCUUCUGCACAGACUGACGUCUAUCGCACCCUCCCAAAUCCUUAUGUAAUAGGCUCCCAGCCUGCUACGCGUGAUGAGCUUUACCUUUGGACUAUUGAUGACAGACAACCAGAAGCCCCUUACGUUUUACCAAACGACUACGGGGAGCUGGAUCCGGAUCUGGAUCUGGAUCUGGAUGGUGGACUUUUAGAAACCUCGUCAACGACAACUGAGGGAAGCUUUUUGAAGAAACAUGCAGAAGUACAGACGUGUCAGGAGUCCAUGAGGAGUGUUGCAGUGAAUACAGAGAUUCAUAAGCGUUUUGAGAGCUGCCCGGGUCACAUCAACAUAAAGCAGAAGAGCAACAGGAAGUUGGAGCAGCAGAUCAAGAAGAUGGCGAAAGGCUGCGACAAAGUCAACCUGAGACAUGAAGAAGACGUCGCUGUCCUGAAGGAAGACAUUCAGAAGAUCACAGCUAAUAUACAAGUGACCAAUAAGGAGCUGGCGCUGUUCCAGCAGAAACUGGAAGAGGAGGUGAAGAAGGAUCAGAAGGAGAAGAAGGCCAACCAGGAAGGACUGAAGGCCCUGAAGACGACGAUCGAGGAUCUGGUGGAGCAACACGGGAGUCUUUCCCAAAACAUCCGAGAGAAGAAAGCCAGCUUUGACUCAAAGCUGAGUGAUUCCCUUGAGUUGAGUAACCAGUCUGCAGCUGAGAAGAUGAGCCUGGAAGAUGAGAUCAAGCGCUGUAAGCUCUCGUUUACAUCGGCGACCCGGAGGUCUCAGGCAGCUCAGGUGUUGGUGGUGGAGAGCAGUCGGGAUCAGGGUUUGUUCGUCCUCUACAGAGAGCUCGCCACCGGCAAGGCUCUGCUCACCAAGCUGGACGAAGCGGCUCACAGAUACCCAUCCCCAGACCUGGAAAUGACGAGGAACAGCUGGAGAGUUAAUGUCCAAGAUGUUGAAAAGAAGAUCUCCACUGCUGAGGCACAGUACAAGGAGCAGCUGGAUCAAGUGAAUAAUGGGAGAAGACUCAGUGAAUUGCCUCCAGUCAACGUCAACAACCAGUCUGAGCCUCCAGCGGCACCAUCUGUGGCGGCCACCGAGUAUUCUCCUCCAUCUUCAUCCUCCCAUGGCGCCGCCCCGGUCAUCCCCCCGCCUGCAGCUGAAGCGGCGGCCGCUCAGCCUCCCGCUCAGCUCAAACCUCCGGCCAGGACUCUGGAGCCUCAACACAACACUGUGUUCGACAAGUCCUUAGAGCGCCUGACCAGCAUGUUCCCCGACUAUACAAGGUCGGACCUGAUGAGGUUUGUCCAGGAGUUUCGUUCAUCCAGCGGUGGAAGCCUGAGCAGCAUGUCGAUGCAGGACAUGGUCGGUGGAGUGACUCAGCUGAUCCUGGACCAUCAGGAGAAGCCUAAAGCUGCCAAAGCGAGCAAGGCCCAUGGGGUUCCCUCUGUGUGUACCACCCCGCCUUUGGUCGCCCCGGUCUGGCGGCAAAAGAGAGACAACGUGCAGUCCAACGUGGAGAAGCUUAAAGCUGCCAAGAGUCCGGCUCAGUACACCGCCCCGCCUUACGCCUACCCGGUCUGGAACCCCCCCGAACUAAAGAGAGAGGCACACUCCAACGCGCUGAACAUCGGGGAUCCUUGCAUCAUCUGUCACGAGGACAUGAAUCCCAUCGACAUCUGCGUGCUGGUGUGCAGACACAGCUUCCACAACGAGUGUAUCAGGUCAUGGUUGAAGGAGCAGAGCACCUGUCCCACCUGCAGAGAUCACGCAUUACUGCCUGAAGAGUUCCCCGCUCUGUCUGGUAGAAGACGCCAAGCUCCGUGAUAAUUCCACCCUAAUCUUCACAUAUACUUUUAUCUUAUUUCUUUUUUUUUAAUCACAAUUUUCAUUAUAAACUAAAAACGCCAUCGUUUUAUUGUAUCGUUAAGAUGUUCAAACUGAUGUUUCUACAAAUUGAAUAAACUAAAGCGUCUUGUGUUUGAGA